GGGAGUCGGAGGGGACGAGGUCCAGGUCGUCGACGAUUGGCUCCCAGAGCGACCUGAGGGACGUCCACCUCGCCGUCCACGACUACAACAAAAAUUCGGUGUCGCCGGAUAGGAGCGUGACCACGCCGGCCAAAACCCCGAAGUCGCCUAUGAUGGAUAUCUUCUUAAAAGUAGGCAUCAGCCCCAAGUCGGUUCCUUCCGAAGACGGCUCGCCGAAACUCGACUCGGGUUCCUGGCGACAAGCCAUCUUCAAACGGGUCAUCACCCCCAACAAGAACGAAAAACCCUCAGAAACCAAGAAACGAACCAACGAAGAGCUGCGCGAAUUAUGGAAGAAGUCCAUCUGCCAGGCCAUCCUCCUCGUACGAAUGGAGAAAGAAAACGCCCGCCUCAAAGCCGAACAGGAGGAAUCGGCCGUCAAACGAAUCAAACUGGAGUACGACGAAAUGAAACCGUCGCAGAAGGACGUGGUGGAGGUCUGGGAGAUGCUCACCCAAAGAAACGCGAUUGAAGCUGGACAGCCAGAUUUGUUGAACGCAAUUAGACAAGGUGUUCCAAGGGGCAAACGUGGUGAAGUGUGGCAAUUCCUCGCCGAACAGUACAACAUGAAGUACGCCCCUAUUAAUACCGCCAACUUCCCCAACUACAACGCCCCUUACGACAAACUCCUGAAAUAGCUCACGUCGCACCAGCACGCCAUUUUGAUUGACUUAGGGCGGACUUUUCCCAAUCACUCGUAUUUUAGUAGUCCGUUGGGGCCCGGCCAGCUCGCCCUUUUCAACCUACUUAAAGCCUAUUCGCUCCUGGAUUCGGAGAUGGGCUACUGCCAAGGUUUGAGCUUCGUCGCUGGGGUCCUCCUCUUACACAUGGAAGAAUCACAAGCCUUCUUGCUACUCAAGCACCUUGUGUUUAGACGGGACAUGCGCUUGCAGUAUUUGCCCGACGUGGUGGGUUUGCAAGUCAAACUAUACCAACUGUCGCGCCUCCUCCACGACCAACUCCCCGAUCUCUACAACCACUUCGACCUCUACGAGGUGGCACCCACUUUAUACGCAGCCCCGUGGCUACUGAUUAUCUUCGCCUCCCAGUUCCCGCUAGGCUUCGUCACGAGGGUCUUCGAUUUGAUCUUCCUCGAAAGCCCCGCGAGUACGACUACUAACGCACCACCUCUGAGUAGCCUGCAAGGUCCUCCAAAAAGUUAA